AUGAUCAUUACUUCCAAUCAACCACAACCACUUUAUGAACCUGGACAGGGGAUGGAUGCCAUUGACGAGUAUAUAACCGACAAAGGUCCCGAUAGUUGUCUAGACAGUCAUGAUCCUUCUUCAGACAGUCAAGACCAACAUGAACCAUACGAACAACUUGAAUAUGCAUCAAGCUAUCCACAAUUACCACCACCACCACCACCGCUCCCACUAACCACAAAAUUAGAUGAAGAACCAAAUCCUUUCGAGCAAAGCUUUUCGACGCCAAAAACAAAACACUCUUCUGUACCUCUCCCGAUACUUCCGCCUGCAUCUUCCAUUGUACAUCCCAAUGGUCCCGGAAAGGAUGCAGCAAGUCAACUUGCGUGGGAUUCCUUGCAUUCAGGCUCACUUUCACCUUCAAUGCUACAGGGACCAGCAAAAGGGACAGAAGAAACAUCAUAUAUGUCUUAUCAGCAGCAGAAUACACAUCAACAUAACACACAGACCGCAGAUAAUCCUCCGUCAUCUGUUCACCGUAGACGCAGCCAUCCCGCCAAAUCACCAUAUCAUUCACCCAAAGCAAACGCAAGUGACUCCGAAAAUGGCUCAGGAAAUAAACUCGUAGCAGGCGAAGAAGAAAAGCGUAAACACUUUCUGGAACGGAAUCGUCAAGCUGCUCUUAAAUGCCGGCAACGUAAAAAGGAAUGGUUGAAGGAUUUACAGACUAAGGUGGACUAUCUUUCAUCAGACAACGAGCAGCUGCAACUACAAAGUAUCGCAUUGAGAGAAGAACUCCUCAACCUAAAAACUCUAUUGCUCAGUCAUCGGGAUUGCCCUAUCAACCAAAGAUCCACAUUUGAAGCCAUUCACCGACCAUUGCCGACCCUUGCACCUCAUCAACCACCAUUGGAUAUCAUCCAAACCAUGCCACACUCACCACCGUCCAACUAG